CCAUUGAAAUAAUAAUGGUAAAUUAAGACACAAAAAUAGGAUUGGUCAAAAGACAGAGGUCAAAAGUAAAAAUAAGGUCAGUAAUAAUGUUGAGGAAAAAAUGGUUGAAAGAGAGUCUGACCAGAAAAGAUGAAGAUGAAUAAUGAAGAUGAAGUUGGAAAAAAAGUAUCUAUGGUGAUAAAUUCAUGGUUUACUCAAGCAUUCUCAGUUGAAGUUCAGGAAGAUGAAAAGAGGAAGAAAAAAAAAGUGAAUCAUUUCAUCGUUUUUUUUGCCUUCAACAUUUUUCCUCAUUUCAGCUUCCUUUUGCAGUUGCAUUUUUUUGUGUCUCUUAUCAUCCAGGGAACUGUAAUCAUUUGGAACUGAGUAUGUCUGAGUUUAGAUCAUGAUGAUGAUCAGAUUGUGUGUGCGUGUGUGAGUGUGAGUGUCUAUUGGUAUUCAUGUUAUCAUGGAAACUUCACAUUCUUCAAGUCAGGUUGAGAGUGAAAAAUUGAAGUGAAAGUUCAUUUUUGUGUUACUUUUUGUUUUGUUUCAUUAUUUUUCCUUUUAUCAAUGGACAUUGCUUUUCUGGACAAAUCAUGUUGAUUCCAAUUGCAAUCACUUGCGAUCCUUUUCCAUGAAACUCACAAUUCAUUCCAUUUCUUUACCAAUAUUUACAAUCUUUAAAUCUUCAUCAUUUACCCUUUUCCUUGCUUUUAUCAAUCAAACUAUUUAUCCUCAUCUCAACUCAUCAUUAACCCAUUAAACCAGUAACAACGUGCCUAAAGUUUGGGAAUUUUGUCUUUGUUUCAAUCUAAUUUUUUCAAUGUUUCAAUCAUUUGUUGAAUUUGCAACAAUAAUUGGAUAACUUUUACCAUCCAUCCAUUAAUUAAUCAAAUUAACAAUUGCCAAGUUAGUAUUAUCUUUAUCCAAUUUGGUGCAACAUAAUCAGUUGAAGAAAGAUUGUUUGUUGACCAGAAAAUGAAUUUAAACAAGGAAUCGCUUGAAAAAUCUUUACUCGACUCUGAACUUGGAUUGUCAAGUGUAAUUGACUCUAAACAGCAACAAUCACAGUUAACUCAACAACCACAAGUUCAACCUCAACUUCAACAUUCACAAAUCAUUCCAAUGGUUGAUCCAUCAGCCAUCACCAAUCAACAGCACCAUUUCAAUCGCAACAUUGACCUAGCCUUAAAUACAACCGGUAAACGGGCUAAGAAAAUGUUUACUCCAAUAGUUGAUACAACCUCAUCGAUUGGUUCAAAUACAACGAUUCCCACAACCGGACUCGGUUCAGAUUGCCAUAGAAAGUUGGUUAAACGGAAAAGUGGUGAGAGCAAGAAAAGUCCCACUUUUGGUUCAGAGAAGGGCAUUUACGGUGGCAAUGUCGGUGGUCUUGGAUCUCACCCUCAACACCAUCACAUUCACCAUCACCAUCACUAUCAACAUGGAAACCCUCAUGGUGGAGUCACAUCACAAGCCAGUCUUCCGUCCAAUCCAUAUAAACCUUUAACGGCAUUUGAAAAACAAUAUCUUCUGACUGUCGAGCGCGGUGAUCAUGGCGGUGUCACACGAAUGAUUGAAAAUGCACCUGAAGAUUUCAACAUCAACUGCUGCGAUCCUUUGGGUCGAAGUGCUCUACUCAUGGCCAUUGACAAUGAAAACCUAAAAAUGAUUUAUUUACUGUUGGAUCAUGGAGCUGAGAUGCGCGAUGCACUUCUCCAUGCAAUCAACGAAGAGUUUGUCGAAGCAGUUGAACUGUUGCUCGACCAAGAAGAUGCCAUCUGGGAAGAGGGAGCUCCACACUCUUGGGAAGCCAUUGAACGGGAAACAUUCACUUCCGAUAUAACACCGCUCAUCUUGGCCGCUCACAAGAACAACUAUGAAAUCAUCAAGAUUCUCCUUGACCGGGGCGUCUCACCAAUACCCUCACCUCACGAUGCCCACUGUGGUUGUCGCGCGUGUCGAGAGGCUCGAGCCCAAGACUGCCUUAGACACUCACGAUCUCGCAUCAAUGCUUACCGCGCUUUGGCCUCACCAUCACUCAUUGCUCUUUCCUCCAAAGACCCAAUACUAACUGCCUUUGAAUUAAGCUGGGACCUUCGUCGACUCUCCUUCCUCGAACCCGAGUUUAAAACGGAAUAUCAAGAGUUACGUAAACAGUGUCAAGCUUUUGCAACGGCCCUGCUUGACCAUACACGGACAACCCAUGAACUAGAUGUGCUUCUCAACUAUGAUCCAACCGGUGACACCUCGGAUUCACAUGGUAAAAUGAAUUUGUUGCGCCUUAAAUUUGCCAUUCGUUGUAAACAGAAAAAGUUUUGUGCUCAUGCAAAUGUUCAACAACUUUUGGCCUCCAUUUGGUAUGAAGGACUUCCCGGUUUCCGUCGUCGUAACAUCGUCGUUCAAACCAUUGAAAUACUCUUGAUUGGCCUUUUGUUUCCCUUCCUGUCUUUUGCUUACAUUUUGUUCCCUGCAACUCGAAUAGGCCAAGUAAUUAAAAAGCCAUUCAUCAAGUUCAUCUGCCAUUCAGCCAGUUAUGUCACCUUUUUAAUAUUACUGGCUUUGGCUUCUCAAAGGAUCGAGACAAAUGCAUUUGAUAUUUUUGGUGUUUCUUCAAAAGAAGAAGCUAUUACUAAACGUGGAGCUCCUCCAACCUUAAUUGAGCUUAUGGUUUUAGCCUGGGUUUUAGGUUUAAUUUGGAGUGAAAUAAAGCAACUCUGGGAGCUUGGCUUGAUGGACUACCUCAGUGACAUGUGGAACAUAUUAGAUUUUAUUACUAAUUCACUCUAUGUGGCGACAAUUGCAUUAAGAGUCAUUGCCUACACACAAGUACAAAAAGAAAAAACAAUGCACACUGGAACUGCCCUUUUACCUCGUGAAUCUUGGCAUGAAUUUGAUCCCAUUCUACUGGCUGAGGGACUUUUUGCCGCUGCCAAUAUAUUCAGUUCACUCAAACUGGUUUAUAUUUUUUCCGUCAAUCCCCACCUGGGUCCACUUCAGAUAAGCCUUGGACGCAUGGUUGUGGACAUUUUAAAAUUUUUCAGCGUCUACAUUUUGGUACUUUUUGCCUUUGCCUGUGGUAUGAAUCAACUUUUAUGGUACUAUGCGGACAUGGAGAAACAAGUGUGUGACAGUGGAAGCCGCAAUGCAACAAUCAAUGUUAAUAGAUUAGUUAUUACCGGACCAAUCAGUGGAACUGGUUUGAAUAAAACAUUUGUGCCCAAAUCAGCAGCCGAAGCCUGCCUUACAUGGAGAAGGUUUGCCAAUCUAUUUGAAUCAACACAGACACUUUUCUGGGCAAGUUUUGGUCUCAUUGAUCUGGAAAAUUUUGAAUUAACAGGUAUACAAGCUUAUACUCGAUUCUGGGGACUUUUAAUGUUUGGAUGUUACUGUGUGAUCAAUGUUCUUGUUUUACUUAACCUUCUAAUUGCCAUGAUGAACCAUUCCUACCAAAUAAUUAGUGAGCAAGCAGACACUGAAUGGAAAUUUGCAAGAACCAAACUGUGGAUGUCUUAUUUUGAAGAUGGUGCGACGGUUCCUCCUCCAUUCAAUGUAAUUCCAACUCCUAAAUCAAUGUAUUAUUUAAUCAGAUGGAUAUUUAAAAAGUUUUGUGCACAAACACGAUUUGCCAAGAAUGAAGCUCUCAAAACAAUUAGGAGGAAAGCUCGACAAGCAUCAGAACGUGACUAUCGUUAUCAAAAUGUUAUGCGAUUAUUGGUUAGACGGUACAUUACAAAUGAACAGAGAACGGCUGAAAGACAGCGCGGUGUUACAGAAGACGAUUGUAAUGAAAUUAAACAAGAUAUUUCGGCUCUUCGUUAUGAAAUAAUUGACCUACUUGGACGUGAUAAAACCGCAUCAGGGACAAAUCUUGCUGUUGGGCGAAAGGGUCGCCAGAGAGAACGGAGGUUAAUGAAAGGCUUUGACCUUAAUUUUCUCUUUAUGGAGCCUACAGCUAGUUUUGAUGAAGAUGUCUAUGAUUUUGAAGAUCUUGACUGUAAUCAGCCAAUGGUUAAAUCUAAAUCAUCACGGAGUCGAUUUGUUCGCCUGGCUCGUGGCUUAGCUGGUAAACGAAGUCGUGGUAAUAACCGUUGGAAACAGCUUAUUGAAGCCACUCGAAGUAAAGUAAUGCCUUUCUCUCGGAGCUCAGAAUCAGUCAACAGUGAGCCAUGUGGAGAUAAUUCCAAAUCAAGUGCAGUUCCAGCAAAUUUAUACAGAAGCCCGAGACCAGGCAAUUUGCCUACCGCUCAAAGUUUUGAUGCUAAUGUAAGGCGAAACAUAUUUGCCAAGAAAAUUACAUCAUUUUUAAAGGAAGAAUCUUUAACGGCUGAAAAUGAUGAAGAAGUAGAAGUGCCCAAACCAACGAAAUCAGAAGAAGUUAAUCAACCUCGAACAGAAGCAAGCAGCCAAGUGAUAAGUGUUUCUCACAAUAAUAAUCGUAAAGAAUGGAUUUGAAACGAGUGAUCUUUUUUUAUUUUUAUUUCAAAAUUAUUUCCAAACGAAACUUGACUUUUAUUAAUUGUUUAAAUACUCUUUCGUCAAAUGGUUGACAGUAAAAAGCUGUAAAAUUAUUUUAUAAACUGGCCCGAUUGCACAAAUUCAAAGUAUUAAAAUUUGGAGGAAUCUGAAUCAAAGCGUGAGAAGAACAAUCAAGUGCACAAAGAAAAUUGAAAGAAAUUUAAUUUAAUCAAACCAAAUGUAAACCAUAUGAUAUUUGAUCAACAUUUCCUGUUCUGUUUCAAAGCGCCUCCUUAAUUGCAAUUAUUUUUUUCUGUUACCCAUUUAAAUUGAUGGUGAAGAGUAACUGGAAGAUUCAAUCUUAAAGACAAUGGAUUUAAUGUGCAUUAAUCAAAAACCACUGAUCAUUCCUUGACUGAAAUUGGUUCAAUCAACUAAAUUGGAAUGACAAUUGGAAACAAUCAAAUUAGACUGAUCAAAUUAAAAAUUUGAUCUUACUAGUCAUUAAUUAAUCAUUAAAACAGUUUAAUGUCUAGAAGAAGCAGAAAAACGAUAUAAUUUGUUUGUUAAUUCGUUUAUAAUUUGGCCUUAGCAAAUAACUUCUGGAAAUCAGAUCAUAGUUAAAGUAACCUGAUAUUAAUGAAAUUAAUACCAAGGAAGGAAUGAAGAAAAUUGUUUAUCAUCCAACCACAAAACAGUCAUCGAACCUGUUAGAUGUACAAAAAAGUGCCGUUAACCAAAAAUGAUCACAAAUUAGUGGAAACAUUUAAAGCUGGCUGAGAAUAUAUAAUUUAUUGAUUACAUCGAAACGAUUUAACAGUAUUGACGAUUUGAUAGUAUGAAGCUAUGAAAUCGUAAAGUAAAUUUGUAUCUUUAUUCAUCAAAACUGUGAAUUUAAAUAACACUUUGAAUGCAUACGAUUGAAGGUGAAAAUUGUAAAAUUAAACCAAACGAAAUAAGUUAUGUAAUUUUUGUAUUUAAAGGUUGAUUAAACAAUUAAAGAUGAUUCAAGUUGCGUA